UAUUUUUACCGUAUGACAGACAGUGCAGACAUCUACAUCUACAUCGCUUUCCAGACGACGGACGUCUAGCGGUCCAGAAGCGAUUCUCUAGAGAGUGUAUCAUUUUUCCAGCUGGGAAAUUUCCGCGUCUUCCGCAAAUAGGUUUCCAACGCGCCAAAGUGCAAUAUCCGUUCGUGGUUCCGCGUGAUACGCAUUGAGUGUAGCUCAAAACCUACGCAUCUUGUAUGCAUCUAAACAUCGUCUUCGACGAGCAGGAAAAGGUCACCACACCAAUACCAUUAUCCAAGGCUGGCGACGAUCGUCCAAAGACGAUAGGGACGAGAGGACCCGCGGUGCAUUGCAAGCAGUGCACAGGGGUAAUAAUAUCGUAUCGAAUAGACGUCGCCGUCUUUCCUCCGUUUCUUUCAUGUCUGGCUGCAGUAGGAGUCGACGGAAUCGUAAAUAUUUUCGGUCCAUUUGCCGUUCCGUGUCCGUGAGUGCGAGAGUUUGAAUCGUCUUCGUCGCGGACGCCGGAGUAUUUGGAGUGAAGUUUAGUGUGCGGGGUUGAACUGAAGAAACGUGAGGCGCCUAUAGGCGUACGCAUAUGUAGCUGAGGCGACUCGAAGAUUAGUGAAUGGUGAUUUUCUCCUGAUUAGGUGGAGUUAGGCGUUGAUCUCUCGAGAUGAUAGUGAUCCAAGUGUUAUUCAAGUGUAGUAACAUCAGUGGGAGAAGUGGCAAAUAGUAGCCCUACAGGAAGAUGUCUCCAUUGAGGCACCAUUAGUGCUGAGUCUGCGAAAAAUUCUUCAGAAGAGACACACAGGGGUACAGAACGAAUCUUCAAGUGAAGCCAAAGAAGGGAAAAGCUACCAGCUGUGACUAAUAGCCAUUGCUACGGCGGUGAAACGGAGCCAGAUUUGAAUCUUCUUCCCGGGAUAUGGUCCAGCUUGGGGGGAGCUGCUGAAGAAACUUGAACCAGCGCCGAGUAGAGUGAGCCAAAAACAAGAAUGCGCACUAUUCUAUUCAUAGCAGCGAGUCUCGCCAUACUUAUAGUCGGAUUGGAAGCAUCGCUCAGCCGAGGCCACACGGAGACCAGCACCGGGUUGGUGUGCGAAACGUACGAAUGCAAGGACGGUGACUGCACGGUCGGUCAAGAAGUAUGCGAUGAAGGCGACUCCGACAAACCGAUGGGAUGCUUCGUGGUCUGGAGCACCAACAAUGUGACCAACGAGGUCAAAGUGACGAUGAAGGGCUGCUUCAGCAACCCGAACGACUGCAAUGGGACCGAAUGCAUCGAUACGACCAUGGGCACGAAGAACAACCUGAACUACUGCUGCUGUCGGUUGAGCAUGUGCAAUCGCGAGCACCGAUGGGUACCCAAUGUGACCAAUGCUCCGGAACCGGUUAAUCCAGUGCCGCCGGAAUCGAGCAGUGUCAUUGUGGUGGCUAGCGUCGUUACCGGAACCUUGGCCCUUUGCUCGAUGAUCGUGAUAUUCGUGCUUCGACGGCGAAAGCAGUCCAUGUUCAACGAGAUACCGACGAUCGAGCCGGAGAUUACCAGCUCGUCGCCGAACAUCGCCCUGCGGCCGAUUCAGCUGGUCGACCUGAAGGCCCGAGGACGCUUCGGAGUGGUGUGGAAGGCCCAGCUGAUGUCCCAGGAAGUCGCGGUCAAGAUAUUCCCCAUGCAGGAGAAACAAUCCUGGCUGACGGAGCAGGAGAUUUUCAAGCUCCCUCGCAUGAACCACCCGAAUAUCCUGCAGUUCAUCGGUUGCGAGAAGCGCUCCGAGUUGAACAAUACGGACUUCUGGCUGAUCACGGCUUACUGUAGUCAUGGGUCGCUGUGCGAUUACCUGAAGUCCCACACGGUGACGUGGCCGGAACUUUGUCGGAUCGCCGAGAGUAUGUCCCGCGGGUUGAUGCAUUUGCACGAGGAAAUUCAGGGCAGCAAAACGGAUGGGCUGAAGCCGUCGAUUGCCCACCGGGACUUCAAGAGCAAGAACGUACUGCUGAAGGAUGACUUGACGGCGUGCAUCGCUGACUUCGGGCUGGCACUGAUCUUUACACCAGGCAAACCUUGCGGAGACACCCAUGGUCAGGUGGGAACUCGCCGUUAUAUGGCGCCGGAGAUCUUGGAGGGGGCCAUCAACUUCACUCGGGAUGCGUUUCUACGGAUUGAUGUUUACGCCUGCGGCUUGGUCCUCUGGGAGCUGGUUUCUCGCUGCACCGUGCACGGUGGCAUUGUGGAUGAGUAUCGGCUGCCGUUCGAGGCGGAACUGGGAUCGCACCCGACGCUGGAGGAAAUGCAGGAAAAUGUCGUCACGAAAAAGCUUCGGCCGAGGAUCUACGAUCACUGGAGGAAUCAUAAUGGUCUCAACGCACUGUGCGACACAAUGGAGGAAUGCUGGGAUCACGACGCCGAAGCCCGGCUCUCGUCGUCCUGCGUAAUGGAACGUGUUUCGCAGCACAGCCGGUACCAGGUCAUGACGCCCCUGCUGAUCGAGACCAACACUACUAACGACCUGCCACCGAAAGUAGCAUCGGAAAGUGUGUAAAACACUUACAGCAAUCAAAUAGAGAUUUACACCCACACACUUCCUGAUCUUCCUAGAACCCCCUAGAAGUCCUAUCCCGAUGAAGCUUUUACUUGUAAGCUGCGCAUGAUUUCUUUUACAUUGAAAACCAUGCUUUUAUAUGAGAGGAACGUCCAUUAUACGCGCUAAUCAGUGGGAAACAGAUAGAUUCUUAAGAGCAUUUGCGAUAUAAUAUCAAUCAAACAAACUAAGAUAGUUAUCAAUCUAGGGAAGGUGAGAAAACACCUUCGAAUCGGACAUACAAACGAAUUUGUUGUUCAGGGAUAUACAAACUGUUAACAAAAAUUUCGAUUUAAGUGGAAAGCAAUACGGACACGGUUUGGAUUGUCGACAUGGAAUGAGGCCUUUGCCGAUUCCGUCAGAAAAAACUACACGGAUCGGACGAAAAGAAAAGUUUGACUGCAAAACUAAGUUUGGACUGAGUCACACCUAAUCUACGAAUGGCGCCUAUCCCGAGGAUAGUGCUCCGAAAAAAAGAGAAUCAAAACGUUUGAAAACCGGGUUUACUGAUCACCUCAAUUUGAUUAUCAAAAAAGAAGUAACGAAAUCGUGUUAAAUGAUAUACGUCUCAGUGAAUGAAUAGAUUUUAUGGAUCAUAUACUUUUAAAACAACCGCUAGAACGAAACACUUUUAUGCAUUCAAAUUUGAUGAAACGAGUACGAUUAGAUAGGCGCAGCGAUAACUGCAUUACGCGUCGUGUAGUCUGUAGGGUUCAUUCAAUCACAUGCUGCUGCUACACAGCGUGAUGUUGUGUGUAAUAAAGUCUGCGGAUGGCUAAGAUAUAUUUUUAUAUAACAGAAUUUUCCUCCAAUAGUGUACUUGUAUGCCAUGAUUAGUUCAAUAAAGGUUAAUCUGUUUAGUAUUA